GGCUACAGGAACUGAAUAAGGGAGUCAUAUUUCAUUGGUGGCCUUUCAUGAGCAAGUCUGUCUUUGUUUCUGAAAACUGCAAUCCGUGGUACUGGAGACAGAUUCGGAACAAUGACAUCAGAGGUACCAGAAAGCUUUGCAGAUGUUGCUGUCGAGUUUUCAGGAGAGGAGUGGAAGAUGCUGAACAGACGGGAGAGAGAACUACACAGGGAGGUGAUGGUGCAGAACUAUGAGAACAUGGUGUCAGUAGGGUAUGACAUCCCAGUGGAACACCUAUGGUCACUAAUUAGGAGAGGAAGAGAAAAACGAGGGAUGGUGCAGCAAAAGGAGCUUCCUGAUGGUGAAGUCUGCAAUAUGAUAUCGCUCUUAAGAAAUAUACCAUUGAAGACUGGAAGCAGACGUGGUAAUUAUGUGGAAGAUGACAAAGGGUUUAUAGAAAAAUCUGAAGCAGGCAUACAUCUGAAUAUUCACAGAGAGGAGGAGGAGUCUUUUAAAUGGCUUAAUCACAGCAACACAUCUGCUUUUUAUAGUAGCCUCUUACCUGAUCAUUUCAUUCGCAGUCGAAAAGCAAAGGACACACUGAUCACACGCGAUCAAAUGUAUACCACAGGGGAGUUGCAUAAAUGUGAGAUAUGUGGCAAGAAAUUUUCAAGUAAAAGUGGUUUAACAAUUCAUCAGGUAAUCCACACUAGACAAAAAACAGGAAGACCCACAUGUGAUACAAAGUUUACAGAAAAAGGCAAUGUCGUAAAACAUCAGACGGUUAACAGUAGACAGAAACUCUAUAAAUGUUCCACAUGUAACACAGGAUUUAUGGUUAAAAAAAGUAUGGCAUUGCAUCAGACUAUCUGCAGUGUACAAAACUCCUAUAAAUGCUCCAUGUGUGAUGAGAGUUUUGCAGAUAAGAGACAUUUGUCAAAGCAUCAGAUUUUUCACACUUUACAGAAACCCUAUAGGUGUGCCAAACGUAACAGCAGUGCUGCACUUAAACCUGGUUUGGAGGCAAAGCAGAUUGUCCGUACAGGACAGAAGUCAUUUGCAUGUGCCAUUUGUGGCAAGAGUUUUACACUCAAGAGUAGUAUGGUGAAACAUCAGUUAAUGCAUGCUGGGCACAAACCAUAUACAUGUACCAUGUGCGGGAAAGAGUUUACACAGAAGGGCAGCAUGUUAAAACAUGAGUGUUUUCAUGCAGAUCAGAAAUCCUACACAUGCAUGACAUGUGACAAGAGCUUCAGAUGGAAACACAAUAUGGUAAGACAUGAGAGGAUCCAUAAACAGAAACCAUAUAAAUUCACAACUUUCAAUAAGAGUUUUACAGAUAAGAGGUAUCUGGCAUCACAUCAGAAUAUUCGCAUUGGACAGGAAACGUACCAGUGUUCUUCAUGUGACAAGUAUUUUACAACUAAAAAAACUCUGGCAGCACAUGAAGCUCUCCACAGUAAACUGAAAUCUUACUCAUGUGAGUCCUGUGACAAGGGAUUUUCAGAUAGGAAAAGUUUGAGUGUCCAUCAGGCUAUCCACAUUGGGCAGAAACGCUUGGAAUGCACAUCGAGUGACAAGAGUUUCAGGCAGAAUAGUAAAAUGGUAAGGUCUCAGACUCUCCAUACUGGGCAACAACACUAUGAGUGUGUAAUAUGUGACAAGAGUUUUACAACAAAGAAAAGUCUGACACUGCAUCAAUCUGUUCACAUUGGACAAAACCGCUUUAAACAUACCGUAUGUGACAAGAGUAGCAAACAGAAAACUAAAAUCAUAAGGCAUCCGAGUAUCCGCAGUAGACAGAAACCAUAUAGGUGUACUGCUUGCAAAAAGAGUUUUACUGAUAGGAGAAAUCUAGCAGCACACCAUAUUAUCCAUAUUUUGAAGAAACCCUAUAAGUGUGUUACGUGUGACAAGGAUUUUACAACUAAGAGUGGUCUGACAUUACAUGAGGCUGUCCACAGCAGACAGAAACAUUAUAAAUGUGCCACACAUGACAGCGGUUUUUCAGGUGAUAAAAGUCCGAUGGUUCACAAUGGCCAAAAGCACUUUAGACACACCACAAGGCAUCAAAGUACCUACACUGGAGAGAAACAAUGUAAAUGUGCCACAUGUGGCAAGGAUUUUUCAGAUAAGAAAAGGCUGACAGCACAUCAGGAUAUCCACAAAAAACAGAAACACUUUCAACACACAAAGUGUGACAAGAGUUUUAAGCAGACAAGUGAAGUGGUAAGGCAUCAGAGUAACAACACUGGCCAGGAACAAUGUAAAUGUGUCACAUGCAACAAGAGUUUUACAGAUAGGAGACAGCUAGCAGAACAUGAGAGUAUCCACAAGAAUCAGAAACUCAAUUACUGUGCCACAUGUGGCAAGGGAUUUUCAGGUAAGAGAAAUCUGAUAGUGCAUCAGUCUGUCCACAAUAAACAAAAACAUUUUAAGCACACUAUAAGGCAUAGAAAUAUCUCAGCUGGGCAGAAACCAUAUAACUGUGCCACAUGUGGCAAACAUUUUUCAAGCAAGAAACGUCUAAUAACACAUCAGGCUGUCCAUACUGGGCAAAAAUGCUUUAAGCGCACCAUGCAUGGCAAGGGUUGCAAACAGAAAAGCAAAGUGGUAAGGCAUCAGUAUGUCCACACUGGCCAGAAGUCAUAUAAAUUCAGUACAAGUAACAAGAGUUCUACAGAUGAAAGAGACCGCAUAGCAGAAGAGGGUAUCCACACUGAACAGAAACCGUUUCAGUGUGGCACCUGUGGCAAAGUAUUUAAGGCUAAGUGUAGUCUCAAACUGCAUGAAGUUAUUCACACCGGACAGAAACCAUACAAAUGUGUCACAUGUGACAAGGAUUUUACAACUAAGAGUCGCCUGGUAGUACACCAGGCUGUCCACACUGGAAACAAACCCUAUCAGUGUAGCACAUGUGAUAAGAGCUUUGCAGUUAAGAAAAGUCUGCUUGUGCAUCAAGUUAUACACACCGGGCAGAAACCAUAUAAAUGUACCACGUGUGGCAAGGGUUUUACUUGGAAGUGGCCGUUGGUAAUACAUCAGUACAUUCAUACAGGGGAGAAACCUUUUAAGUGCACCACGUGUGAUAAGAGCUUUACACAAAAGUAUAAACUGAUAAAACAUCAGAGUAUCCACAUUGAGCAAAAACCAUACAUAUGUAUCACAUGCAACAGGGGUUUUAUGGACGAGAAAAAGUUGGCGGCUCAUGAAAGCAUCCACACUGGGCAGAAACCAUAUCACUGUACCACGUGUAACAAAGGUUUUACAGCUAAGAAAAGUCUAGCAGCACAUCAAGCAGUUCACAGUGGACAGAAACCAUAUAAAUGUACCAUAUGUGACAAGGGUUUUACGUGGAAGGGAGCCAUGUUAAUACACCAGUAUGUCCAUACCGGGGAGAAACCCUUUAAGUGCACAGUGUGUGACAAGAGCUUCACACAGAAAUAUAAAUUGGUAAGACAUCAGAAUAUCCACAGUGGUCAGAAACCAUAUAAAUGCACGACAUGUGGCAAAAGUUUUAGAGAUAGGAGAAACCUGGCUGCACAUGAGAGUAUCCACACUGGACAGAAGCCAUAUCUGUGUACCACGUGUGACAAGGGUUUUACAGCUAAGAGUAGUCUUAGAGUGCAUGAAACUAUCCACACCGGACAGAAGCCAUAUAAAUGUGCCACUUGUGACAAGGGUUUCACGCAGAAGGGGGACAUGUUAAAGCAUCAGUUUGUUCACACUGGAGAAAAACCAUAUAAAUGUGUCACAUGUGACAAGAGUUUUACACAAAAAAGUAGUAUGGAGGAGCAUUUGUCACUGCAUACUGGGAAGAAACCGUAUACCUGUGACACAUGUGGCAAAGGUUUUACACGGAAGGGGAGCAUGUUAAACCAUAUGCAUAUCCAUACAGGGCAGAAGUCCUAUAAGUGCACUGUUUGUGACAAGAGAUUCAUACAGAAAAGUAAUAUGGUAAGGCAUAUGGUUGUUCACACCGGGCAGAAACCAUUUAAAUGUACUACAUGCAACAGAAGCUUUAGAGAUAAGAGAGAUCUGGAAUCGCAUGAGAGUAUUCACACGGGACAAAAGCCCCAUCUUUGUACAACAUGUAAUAAGGGUUUUACUACUAAGAGUAGUUUGAGAGUACACCAGGCUAUACACACUGGACUGAAACCGUACCAGUGUACCAUGUGUGACAGGUGGUUUAGACGGAAAGAUGAAAUGUUAAAGCAUCAAUUUGUUCACACUGGACAAAAGCCAUAUAAAUGUGAGUCAUGUGACAAGAGCUUUACACAGAAGAGCAAUAUGGAAAAACACCAGUUGUUGCAUACUGGGCAAAAACCCUAUACAUGUACAACAUGUGGCAAGGGUUUUACACGGAAGGGCACCAUGUUAAAACAUCAGUAUAUUCAUGCAGGGCUGAGGCCCUAUGUCCAGAGUUUAGAGAGAUCCUAUCUCUGUACCUCAUGUAACAAGGGAUUUACAAGUAAGAAGAAUUUGAGAGCACAUCAAGUUGUCCACACUCGACCAAAACAAUAUAAGUGCCCCACAUGUGACAAAGGUUUUACAUGGAAGGGAGGCUUGUUAUUGCAUCAGCAUGUCCAUACAGGACAGAAACCAUAUUCAUGUCCCAUGUGUGACAAGAGUUUCACGCAGAAAAGUAAUAUGCUACGACAUCAGAGUAUCCAUACGGGCCAGAAGCCGUAUAAGUGUGCAACAUGCAACAAAGGUUUUACAGAUAAAAGAGAUCUGGCGGCACAUGAAAGUACCCACACAGUGCACCAGUCUGUUCCCACUGGACAGAAGCCUUAUAAAUGUGCCUCAUGUGGCAAGGGUUUUACAUGGAAGGGAGCCAUGUUAAUGCAUCAGUGUGUCCGUAGAGGGCAAAAUCCCUAUACAUGUGUCAUAUGUGACAAGAGUUUCAAAAAGAAAAUUAAUUGGGUAAAGCAUCAGCGUACCCACACUGUGCGGAAACCACAUAAGUGCCUCACAUGCAGCAAGGGUUUUAGAAAUACAAGAGAUCUUGCAAUGCAUCAGCGUACACACACUGAAGAGAAACAGCUUCAGAUGGAAGCAUCCCAGAUUGAUCAUACAUUAAAUGCUCAAGAAGUGACACAAGAACCAAACCAAGAAACAAUCACUAAAGAUGUACCACAAAAUGACAUUUCACAGUCUUUAUUAGGAGAACUUUUUGAAAAUUCAACAAAGCAGGAUAGUGUUACUGAAGCUGGACAGCAAAACAAAAGUUCACAGUCUUCCAUAGACGUUCUUGUAAACACAACAAAUAAGAACACUGUUACUGAAGAUAAAUCACAAAAUAAAAUGUCACAGUCUUUGUUGGAAGAAAUUUUUGGAAACCCACCAAAGUAGGAUGCUGUAACUGAAGAUACAGCACGUAACAUUUCACAGUCUUCGUAGGGAGAAUAUUUGGAAAACCCAACAAAGCAGGAUACUGUUACUGAAUAUACACCACUCAGCAGAAUUUCAGUCUUUAUCGGGAGAUUUUUUUUGAAAACCCAGAAAUGGUUAUACAAAGGGAGAACGAUUAAAAGGUAAACUUUCAGCUAAGAAGAAAAUACUCUCAGGAAAGACUUGACUGAGCUCAAAGAAAUGGUGGAUAUGAUUGUGGGGUUGGCAUAAUAGUUAAGUGUUUUCCUCACAGACACAAGAUACAGGGUUAGAUUCUCUCAUUUGAAAGGGAAAUUGGCUAGGCUUAAAUUGGCAAGGGCAGCUACCCUAGUAUUAACCUAUGAACUUAUGGAUAUAGUCAUAUGUAUUACAGCAAGUGACUACAGCAAGCAUGUGAUGCACAUGAAGUUAGAAGAGCAAUAAAACAGAUGAAAAAAGUAUUAGAAUCAUGAAGGGAGAGCCAUGUGGCUUAAAAGAUUUACAGACUACGUUACUGUACAAGUCAACUAAUAAAAAUAAAGUUGUAACAGGAAAGAUCAGAGUCAUAAAUGAAAAUAAAGGAACAAGAAGACUGGCAGCAGUGGAAUACUGGUUAGAGAAAACUAUAAAACGCUUUUGAAAGGCGGUUUCAUUACCUGAAUAAUGUUGAAAUGAAAACAGGUGACAAUUCUUAGAAAGAUAGGUGGGAUAAAGAAACACACAGUAUUAAAAAGGUGAACACUUGACAAUUUGUAUUAUAUCAUUUGUGAUAACAAAUUAAAAAUCUCAGCAUGGGAAGAAGAAUUCAGGUAUUUAGAAAAAAAGUAAGGAAAAUGCAAAAUAAGCACAUUAUCAGUGAGCCAAAGAAGUAUAUAUCAACCUGAGAAAGAAAACAAUAAUAGUAACUCCACGCAGAAUAGCUUACAGUAAUAAUACAUUUUGGAGAAGCAACUCUGAGGACAUCUGGAAAAUAUAAUAGAGAUGCAGAAAACAGGUGAAACAAAUAAUAGCAGGCCUAUAAUGAAAUAGUUACCAGCGAAGCAUAGACAAAGAUAGAAGCUUCCAGAUGAAAAACUCCCAGCUCUGGGUGUUGUACCCUACUUCUGGCUGAAGUAGUAAUUUCAUUGUUUUUGGAUAUAAGUGAAAACUAUCUUUAUUACACACCAUGAGCUAUUACCAGUUUUGUUAGCACUGGAAAAACUGUACUGUUUCUUAAAACUGAACCUUCUAGUUGUGCUAAAAAUUGUCUAUUAUUAACUUGCCUUCUGGUGAUGUAUAAAUUAUAUAUAGACAUUGA